GAGCGACACGAAGAAAAGAGAGGGAGAACGCGCGAAAGCAUCUCGUAGAAGAGGGACGAGGAUCGACAGAUAGAGAGGAGCGAGCGCGCAGAGAAAGAAGGGGAGGGUGGGACACACGGUGGGUCCUCUGGCUGGCGUCAGUUAUUCGGCUUGCCGCUCGCUCGCCGGGUGUAUAGUGGUGCGCUUGUAUACGCUUUCCGAGGACUAGUAUAACACGACCACCGGGCCGUUGACACGCGAAAAUUUACAAAUCGAAAAACUUCGUGACGUGCGUUCUGCUACCCGAUACAGAAUAAAACACGCCGGACGACACCUAGUGCCGACACCGCGUAAACCCCGUCCCCUUCGAUGCCAGUAGUCUGACGCUCGCAUUAUUUGGAUUAAGAUAAUGCAAUAAUGUCUUGGCAAAGGAUCUAUCUUGGUGUUGGCUUAUUGGGUGUCCUGCUGUUGCUGGCCAAUGCGGACAACAGCGUGCAUAUUUUGUCAAAGUAUCAACUGAUCACUUCGACCACCCUGAACUGGUUGCCCCGCGCCCACUGGGAACCCUCGAGGGAAAUCGUCAUCGGUGGUUUCGAGAUUGAAGAAGGGGAAGACGACGCGUUCAACAAUCAAGCAGAGAAGUCGGAGAGGACGAGGCCCCUGUACGUGUGCCGCGUGUUGCACACGACUGUCUGGGUAGCUGGUAGCCAGAGAGGCAACGAGCAACGAUGCACCGUGACGAUUCACGGGAGCGUGCAGUCGUACGAUAAAUACGAGCUGCUGGAAAACGUGGACAAUGCGGCCCGCGUCAACUGGGAGCACUGGGAUAAAUACAAGGCCACCCCAAUCGGCGCUGUGGCCACGGAGAAGAUGUUUGUCGCACGGCACGCGGUGCACAACGACAAAGAGUCGGCGAAACAGGACGUCGAGACGCCCCGCUACACCCAUUAUAUCGGCACCUUGAAUUCGCACGACAAUCUUGGGACUAUCAGCUAUGUCAGAGACGAUGGCACCGAAGGAACCGCCAAGUCGGGUGAUGUUCUCGUCGAGACGGAGCCGAUCAAGUACGACCUUACGAGGGUUAAAUUGAAUUGGCCUAAAAAGCGUGUGAUCAAACGUACACCCCGUGAAUUGUGCAAGGCGACUAUCGCCAAUAUUGGACCGGAAGCCGCUAACAUGGCGAAGGCUUUCGGGUACACGUACACGUACGAGGUAUACUGGGGUCAAGGCCAUGCCAUUCUGAAAGGCCUAAAUACGACAAUUAAACUGACGAACGGCACGGAUUUGCCGAAAGUAAUGUGGGGCACUAUGGAGACCACUAAUCGUACCGACGUGUACACGGUGGAAAUAUUCCUGGAACCCGGUACCGGAAUAAACGUGACUCUAAACGCCAAUUACACCGAUAUGGAGGUACCCUACUCUGGAACGUUAAUCGCCCAUUACGAGGAUUGCGAAACAAAGUCACGCGUAAUAAGCGGUAUACGUAGAGAGAAAACGAUGUUCGAUAUAAAGCCCGAAUUUGGACCUAUUUAUUUCCUAGGGAAUUAUAGUUUAGUUCCUACCACCACGGUUCCGCCCACCACAGAGGCAAGCACAACAGCAAUGCCGCAGAACGUGAGCAAGGAUACGUACAACAAACAGAACAUGGAUAACGAGGAUCAGGACGAGAAUAUGAUAAUACCGCCGAAGAAAUCGGAUAUGUCUAAUAUGCAGAGCGACGACGGUGGACCGUUGUCAUUGAAAAACAAAGUAGAGGUGACAACCUCUAGCGCGUCUCUGUUGAGACUAAAUUUCGGGUUGCUUAUAGUUUCGUUAACGAUGCUCGUCCAUAGAAUCACGUGA